AUGGCGCUGAUUCGCCGCUGUCUGCUGGUGGUAAUGUUGUGGAUUGGGGUCAGAGAAGGGGCCGGUGGUGAGCAGAUGAAGCAGGCCCAGGCUCCUCUUAUCCCUCAUCGGCCCUUCAUCGUAGUGUGGAACGCCCCCACUGAGUCCUGCCGCCUUCGCUUCAAGGUGGACCUGGACCUCAGCGUCUUUGACAUCGUGGCCAACCUCAACGAGACCCUUAGCGGGCCCAAUGUCACCAUCUUCUACCAUAGCCACCUGGGCUAUUAUCCUUACUACGCCAGCUCUGGGAACCCCAUUAACGGGGGCCUGCCCCAGAACCAGAGCCUGUCCAAGCACCUGAGCAAGGCCAGGGCCGACAUCGACAAGCUCAUCCCUCACAAGGACUUCCGAGGCCUGGGUGUCAUUGACUGGGAGAACUGGAGGCCCCAGUGGGUGCGCAACUGGGGCUCGAAGGACAUCUACCGCAACAAGUCCAAGGAGCAGAUCCGGAAGCUCCAUCCAGAUUGGCCUGAGAGCAAGUUGGAGAAUGAGGCCAAGGAGGCCUUUGAGAGGGCCGGACAGGCCUUUAUGAACAAUACUCUACUGUUGGCUGAAAGUCGACGACCUGACGGCCUCUGGGGCUUCUACUUGUUCCCCGACUGCUACAACUAUGGCUACAAGACGCAUCCGCAUCGCUACACAGGUGAAUGCCCCAACGUGGAGCAUGUCCGUAAUGACCAUCUGAUGUGGCUUUGGAGGGAGAGCACAGCUCUCUACCCCUCCGUGUACCUAGACUACGAACUCAAGUCCUCGGCCAACACCGUCAAGUUUGUCCACUACCGCGUCAAAGAGGCCAUGAGGAUUGCCUCCAUCGCACGCACCGACUUCACCCUGCCUGUGUUUGUCUACUCUAGACCCUUCUAUGCCUACACCUUCACGGUCCUCUCAGAGAGUGACCUGGUGCACACUAUUGGAGAGAGUGCAGCUCUAGGGGCGUCAGGAGUGGUACUUUGGGGCUCCUCAGAAUAUGCUCGAACUCAGAGAAACUGCCUGACCGUGAAGAAGUAUAUUGAUGGCCCGUUAGGCCACUAUGUCAUCAACGUCACCUCAGCCGCCAAGCUGUGCAGCAAAGCCCUGUGCAAGAAGAACGGCAAGUGUGUGAGGAAGAGCCUCGACUCAGGAGCCUACCUUCACCUCAACCCCCGCUUCUUCCACAUCCGCCGCAACCUGGGCCCCCGGGGACCCCGCUUCCACGUGAGCGGCCAUCUUAACAACCACGACAUCCUGGACAUGAAGCACAAGUUUACCUGCCAGUGCUACCAAGGCUGGACGGGGGUCUACUGCGAGAUGCCCCAGAUGCCACCGCUCCCUCCCAUGCCCCGACCUAGGGACAACAGCCUGCUAGGGGACAUACUGGUCAUCCUGUCACUUCACUUCUCCUGUCUGUGUGUCAUCAUGUUCCUUGGUCUCUGCCUCAUCAUCAAGUGCUUGAUACUGUAG